UUGCCCCUGGUUGGGUGCUGAUUUGUUCACUUACCCCACCUCACAAAUCGGCUAUUUCGGUAUUUCCUAAACCUGUUGCUUCCUUUUUUUUCUUUCAGCCUUUCUGAGGCGAAGGUGCCGUGACAUCACUGACACUUUGGAAACAGCAAAAUUUCCCCUUGAAAUCUGACAUCCAGGGCUGGCCACCAGCCUGAUAUAAAGCGAGGAGCAUCCCAGGCACUCCACGCCGUGACCACGAGGACUCUGCUCUGCUCCUGCCUCUGCAGCUCCCCUCUGUCCAUGAUGACCACCGUGGCUGUGUCCCUCUCCAUCCUCCUGGUUGCUGCCCUCUUCCCUCAGGCCUCUUCAUCUCCAUUUGGGUCUGACACAACCGUGUGCUGCUUCGGCUACACCGCACGGAAGCUGCCCCAGAAUCAUGUGAAGGAAUAUUUCUACACCAGCAGCAAGUGCCCACAGCCAGCAGUUGUGUUCACCACCAGGAAGGGGCGGCAGGUCUGCGCCAACCCCGACGCCCGCUGGGUGAAGGAAUACGUCAACUUCCUGGAGCUGCAGUGAGCACCAGGACCAGAGGUGUCCAGAGCCCUGACAGUCCGUGCAGCAAAGGAAGGCAUGGCGUGGAGCCAGAAGGCCCACUGCUGAGCACCAGGGCCAACAGACACCCCAGGGCCCCUGAGCUUCUUGUCUUGCAACAGCAUUAUCUAUACUAUACAAUUUAGCCACCCUUCCAUGCAGCUGUGAUGCUGGGGAUGUGCCUCUUGGCUUUGCAGGUCUGCUUGGUGAAGGCUGCUGUGCAAAUGCUGCUCCCUCCUGUGCCUCUGCUGCUGGAGCAGGAUGGGAUCUUACCCUGAGAGCCACCUGUGGGAAGCAGUCUGUCCGAACGGGGUGUGAGUGCUGUCAUGUAAUGCAGGCUGACCUCCAGGCCAGCUGGCUGCAUCUCACCAUGCUGCAGCAGCUGUAAAUGAGAUGCUGUGAAGGAGAUCCUUCCCUAAGGGAGGAAACAGUACACUGGAUAUUUAUGGGAUGCUUAUUCUGGAACCACACUUGUGCUCACAAUGCUGUGUCAUGCUAGUCCCAAAGAAUAAAGGUUUCUAUCUCUGUGUCUAA